AUGAUCUUCUCCGUGGCUUCUAUCGGGAUUGGGGCCCUUCUCUCCGCCCUACCUGUAUCGGCUGCCCCCAACACAUGCUCGCAUAGCAAGGUUUUUGAUAGCACCAACUUUUUCUCUGGAUUCAACUUCGAAGACGCCCCUGAUGCAUCUGGCGGCUUCGUUGACUACGUGGAUGGCGCAACAGCCAACAACACCGGCCUUGCUAAGAUCUCCAACGGCGCAGUCUACCUCGGCUCCGACUACGAGACUGUAACCACCGUCGGGCGCCCUGCUGUCCGCGUCCGAUCCAAGGAUGCCUUCACCACCGGCCUUUUCAUCUCCGACAUUUCACACAUGCCGGCAGGCACUGGCAAGGGUGCUUCCUGCGGUAUUUGGCCUGCCUACUGGACAGUUGGAGCUAACUGGCCAAACGACGGCGAAAUUGACAUCAUUGAGGGUGUCAACAACCAGGCCGCCAACGGCAUCACUCUCCACACGGCGAAAGGCUGCAACAUGGAUGUCUCUGGGUCCGAGGCAACCUCCGAACAAACUGGUGCUGACUGUGAGGCCAACAAUGCGGGAUGCACUCAGUCUACUACAUCGACCAACAACUACGGCGACGGCUUCAACGCCAAUGGAGGUGGUGUCUAUGCUGUGGAGUGGACCACCGAGUCAAUCAGUGCCUGGUUCUUCCCUCGAGGGAGCGAUAUGGCUACACAGCUGAUCAAUGGUGGUACUGCCGAUGUGAAUGUUGGAAUCCUCGGCAACCCCCUCGCUCACUUCAAGGGUAACUCCUGCAACAUUUCCAACAAUUUUAAGAGCCACAACAUUAUCUUCAACAUUGACUACUGUGGAAGUUGGACAUCAAACAACUUCAAAACUGAUUCGGUCUGCAAGGCCCUGGCCCCCACCUGCAACGACUGGGUCGGCCAGAACCCUGCGCAGUUCAAGGAUGCUUACUGGUUGAUCAAUUCGGUCAGGGUCUACAACAAGAAGUAA